ACAUCGAAUUCUCCUCCAAAUCACAAUAUUUCCAACCUCCAUCAUCUCAGCUAAGACGAAAACCUUCUUUCGCACAUAAGCCCUCUUGUGAGCCAGCCAGCGAGGGAGUGAGAGAGAGAGAGAGAGAGAGCUGAGAAAUGUCUCUGAAGCCGUCAGUUCCGACGGAGAACAUGGCGCUGCCGGUUACCGAUCCUGCAAAGGAUCAGGAUGGAGGGAAGGUCUUCAAGGGCGACGAGAAGCUUUUCAAUGGUUCCGCCAUGACUAAACGAGGAGCCUACGCUGCAAUCUCUUACAUGUCCUGCGCUGUGCUUUUGGUGCUGUUCAAUAAGGCAGCUCUUUCAUCUUAUGAGUUCCCAUCUGCAAGUUUCAUCACGCUUCUUCAGAUGGUCUGUUCUUGUUGCUUGCUCUAUGUAUUGAAGCGCUGGAGGAUAAUUUCAUUCAGAGCAGGUGAAUCUUUGACUUCAUCUGAUACAACAAAAUUUGUAUCGCUGAAGACUUUGAGGCACACUCUUCCUUUGGCUGGGACAUAUUUAUUCUACAUGAUAGUCACCAUGGAAUCUGUUCGUGGGGUAAAUGUCCCAAUGUAUACCACCCUUCGGAGAACCACAGUGGUGUUUACGAUGCUUAUGGAGUAUAUUCUGGCAGGGCAGAGAUAUACAUCCUCUGUUGUUUUCAGUGUUGGCCUGAUUGUCUUUGGUGCAUUUAUUGCUGGAGCACGGGACUUAUCUUUUGAUGCUUAUGGCUAUGCUGUUGUUUUUAUGUCAAACAUUAGCACAGCAAUAUAUCUCGCAACCAUAUCUCGUGUAGGAAAAACCAGUGGUCUUAAUAGCUUUGGCCUUAUGUGGUGCAAUGGUAUAAUAUGUGGACCAGUUUUGCUUAUUUGGACAUUCAUUCGGGGUGACAUGAAGAUGGCAAUCGAUUUCCCCUACCUUUUUUCACCUGGAUUCCUUGUCGUGUUGCUUUUUUCCUGCGUAUUGGCUUUCUUCUUGAAUUACAGUAUUUUUUUGAACACAACUCUAAAUUCAGCCGUGACACAGACAAUUUGUGGUAAUCUGAAGGAUUUAUUUACCAUUGGCCUUGGCUGGGUACUUUUUGGUGGGCUACCAUUCGAUGUCUGGAAUGUUAUUGGACAACUUCUCGGUUUUGCCGGCUCUGGAUUAUACGCCUACCAUAAGUUGAUUGGCAAAUAACAUGCUCAAUUACCAUAUAGCGGAUCUCUUUCACGGUGAAGGCCGGCCUUAAAAAAAUUAAAGAAUCUGAAUUGAAGUCAGAUCUGUCAAUUUUGCAUAAUCUGGCAGGCUAAUCCGAACUCCUACUUUGCAUGGUGAGAAUUUGGCUGGCCAACAUUUUUCGUCGGGGAUCAAGACCUGCCGUCGUUUUAGUAGUAGCGUGGUCACCAUCUUUUAUACGCCUUUUUUUUUUCUUUGGGUUUGUAUUCCGAUACCAACUUGCUAUGUGCAUGCUAGAACUGUUAACUCCGGUGAGGGAAGUUUGGCCAUGGGAAAUAGUUUACCGUAGCCCGAAUGGUUCAAUGUGCGGGGCAAGAGGAGGGGGAUUAGGCCGACUUCCUUAUUUAUCUCGCGCUCGUGCUGUAUCUAUUCCCUAGGGAGCUUCAAGACAGAACAUGGAUGAGAAGCUGAUAAUCUAGUGUAUUGUUUUUUAGAAUGAGAGAAUCGAUCUGUUUACAAAGUUUCA